AUGAACGCAAAUCAUCGACGGAUAAAAGAUGAGAUAACUAAGAUAGCAGCUAGACCCAAUGAAACUUGUGUCGUAUCGAAGGUCGAUCCGACGCGAAAGGCGAAAGUCCAAAAUCUACGAUCUCAUUCGCCAACAUUGGAAUGUUUAACAAUCGUACGAACAAAACUUAAUGAAUAUCUUAAAUCCACUGUCAAUAUUAUUCCAACGGAUCACAUAUCAAAGCCUGUGACACCCGAAGAGUCACGUUCUUCGGAUCCUGAUUUGUACACACCACCAAUAGCAUCACCAAAGAAGGUGAAAUCGCGGAAAACUCUCGCUAUCCAGCCAAUGGAUAAAGUCACCUAUGAAGCAAAACAAACACGUAAUGGUGAUCUGAGACAAAAGUGUUCCGUGGAAAUUUGGUUACCGCAUGCUUAUAGUGAUAUUGAUGACGAUGCUCCAAACACAACUGGAACAUUAUCCCCUGUUUCAAACAUCAGUAAUCGAGUAUAUCAUCAAUCAGAGAUACCUAAAAGCCCAUCAAUCACUGCGUAUAGUGAUACAAGAUCGGAGAAUGCAUUAUCGUCGAACAAUUCGGAAACGGUUGUUACAUCCUACGUUCCUUGUAGAAAGGAUAUUCAUGAUGACAGAUCGGAAGAACGAAUACGUUCAAGUAAAACAGUCCGAGCGAAUAAAUCUUUUCGUAUUAAGCGUUCACGCCGUCGACGAUUGUCUCAAGAUACGCAUCAAUCGACAACAACAGGAAUAUCUCUAUCAUCAAAAAUUGCACAUCCGGAUGUUGAUCAAAUAUUUUAUGUACAGAAAAUGAAAGAAAAUCUUAGUUCAAAUACUAACACAACAAUAAAUGAUCCGUUGAACAGAUCUCCGCGAGGGCAAGCAAAUCAACGAAUGAUACGAACAAAAAAACCGUUUGAACAUGUCCGUCAUUCAUCAGGAAAUAAUGCGCAUAUAACCCGAGAAUUGAGAGCCCAUCAAACAGUUGCCUUCCGAAUCAUUCUCGGUAAUGCACUACCAUUGCGAUCUGCUGGUGAAUAUAAUAUUAUGGAUCCGAAAUUACUCAAUUCUUGCUCAUCAAAUUCAGAAACUUUACCAACAGCAACACAUUAUGGCUCUAAACUCGACAAUCAUCGAGUAUCCACUUUACCUACCAUACAAACCAGAAAGAUCGAUGACUCAUUUCGAAAUGUUAAUAAUACAAAGUCACCUUCACGUUUAGUUAUACAUCCUAAUCGUGCCAAAAAUGCUCCAAACUCAAUGACAUUAUCUCAAAACAUCACAAAUGGUAAUGAACAUCAUCCCAAACGAUCCUUGCCAUUGCCAUUAUUACUCGUUCAUCCUGAACAACGACGACAUUCGAUUGUAUCUAUAAAUAGACAACCUAUUCAUUUCAAGUAUAGUAAAGGUGAUAAUACCAAUUGUACUUAUCUUACACCAAAAUGA